AUGUAUCUCACCUGGUCGUCCUGCGCAUCUCGCGCCGGUGGCAAGAUGCAGGCUGAGGCCCAGCUCUGCAUCGUUCUCUACACCAGUGAGGCGGACAUCGACGAAGUUGGGCGCGCUCUGGACGAGUGUAGUAUUUACUUGCAGCACCCUCAGUACUGUGAUCGCAAUGUGCCCCAUCGUAAUCCGCACAGGCUGUGUCAACCUGGAGAUCCUAUUCGCAUGACUUUCUCCCUCCACGAUCAGCUGCUUGGAAACACACUUGAGUCAUAUCAGAAUCCAGCGGACAUCUUGGCAGACCUGGAGACACAAGAGGAGCUUAGUGAGGCUCUGUCGCCUUCCGGAUUGAAAACCGUCUUGCUCGGCCACCAGAAGCAGGCUUUGACGUUCAUGCACCGAAGAGAGCGAUGUUCUUGUAGGCAAGCUCAAGAUUCCGAGAUAUGGAGUGUGCUCAGCGGCUCAAAUGGCUGCGCGAGAUAUGUAAACAACAUAACAGGCGAAGAGAGCAUCUGCAGACCUCACGACAGUUUUGGAGGCAUCAUAGCAGAUGUCAUGGGAUUAGGGAAGACGCUGACUGCCAUCGCGCUCGUGGCUAGUGAUAAGGACGCGUUGAAUGCGUCAUUUGUAGGCUCAGACGUUACCACUACGCUUGUGGUCGUCCGCGCUCCUUUGUUGCAAACAUGGGCAACGCAAUUACCCCACGAUAUUCGAGUACAAAAGAGUGCUACUUUCCAAGCAGUGGCAGCCCUCGAAUCCCAUGCUCGUUGGGCGAUUAGUGGCACGCCCAUACAGAAUAGACUUCUGGACCUCUCAAGUCUUUUCGAAUUCCUUCGUCUGCCCUUAUCUGUGGAGCAUGGCACCUUUCAGGAGCUCACCAAUCAUUUGAUCUCAAGGUAUGGCCAACAAGGCGCAAUACAGAAGCUCCGGCAGCUCAUACAAUGUGUCAUGCUUCGACGGUCGUUGGCGAAAGUUACUCUGCCAGAGCGUCAAGACAUGGUGUGUCGCUUGGAAUUCGGUCCGAAGGAAGCACGACUAUAUCAAGCACUAAAGACCAGUACACUUGAGAGAGACUCCGAGGACGGCGAUAGGUGGUCUGCUUCGUGCACCACUUUUCAGAUGUUCACGCAAUUACGCAUGGUUUGCAAUCUUGGGAUCCUCCACGAAUUACGUGCACCGAAACAGGAUUCGAUGGAUUACGAAACGUGGACACCAAAGAGGUCGCGCGAAGUCUUCAGCGACCUUGUUGCCGCAGGCAAAGCAUUCUGUUCUGUGUGCCGAAGUGAUCUUGGCAUGGCGACUACAGACGCUGCAGACAACGUCUCGCUGGACUCAGGCCGGCCGCUGAUCUUCCCCUGUCAAUGGCUCAUCUGCAGCACGUGCCAGUCCAACAGCAAGUGCUGCACCUGCUGCAACCAACAGAGUCACCUUGGUACUGAGGUCUCAGUGCUAUUGGAGGCUGCGGCCAACAAGAAACUUGCACUAAACAAAGACAACAUGCCCACCAAGAUUCAAGCGCUUCUGAAUGACUUGGCAGUGCAUUCAAGGGACGAGAAAAGUAUUGUGCUCUCAUUCUGGACUUCCACUCUUGACGUGAUUGAGCAGGCACUCGACAAUAAAAACAUCCGCUGUGUGCGCUUCGACGGUACUGUUCCACUGGCAAAACGCAACAAGAACAUCUCGACUUUCUCAAAGGAUCCAAGUAUACGUGUCAUGCUGCUCACCAUCUCCUGCGGCGCUGUAGGACUUGAUCUCACCGCUGCCUCGCGAGCAUACCUAAUGGAACCACAAUGGAACCCUAGCGUCGAGCAACAAGCGCUGGCUAGGGUUCACCGCAUGGGCCAGACGAGGCCAGUCACUACGAUCAGAUACAUCAUGAAAGACACACUUGAAGAGCAUGUAUUGAAAGUGCAACACGACAAACAAAUGCUGUCUCAACUCCUGCUUUCUGAAACAAAUGAAAAAUCAAGCAUAGGUCAUGAAGAGCUCCUCAAGAGCAUGCUGUAGUCCAAAUAUCUCUUUGUGCGCAGGCUUUGUGCUUCCAGCAGGAAAGGUCGUCACAAAGAGAAUCGACUGCCCUCCUUUGUGAUGUUCGAGAUAUCAAUGCGGAGAUUUCAUCAAACAGUACAGAAACUUGGAUCAAAUACAGAAAAGUGCAUCAAACGGUACAGACAAAUCAAGUCACGCGGUAUCGAGCCGUGCACAGCC